AAUUCCCCCAGCGAAGGAGGGAGGCCCCGGGCGGCCGAGAGGCUGCGAGCCGCGGCGGGACCCGAGCGCACGCAGGGGCGCGGCGGCCGCUGGCUCGAGCUGAUUUGCAGACCGGCCGCCGAGAGUGGAGCGAACUGGGCAGGCGCUCUGCGUGGGCAGGCAUUUGAGGGCACCCUCCAGCUCGGACCUAGGAGGGCUCUGGGGCUGCAGCCCCCCAAGCUCGGAGAAGGAUGCGGUACGUCCUGCGAGCCACAUAGCCUCGGAUUGCCGCGCCGCCGACGCGAUGAUGGAUGAGCCGUGGUGGGAAGGAAGCGUCGCCUCGGACAUUCACUGCACCCUUCGCGAGCAGGAACUGAAGCUGCCCGCCUUCCGAGCCCACUCUCCGCUCCUGAAGAGCCGCCGGUUCUUUGUGGAUGUAUUGACCCUGCUGAGUAGCCAUUGCCAGCUGUGCCCCACAGCCCGGCACCUGGCAGUCUACCUGCUGGACCACUUCAUGGAUCGUUACAAUAUCUCCACCUCCAAGCACCUGUACACUGUGGCGGUCUCCUGCCUCCUGCUUGCAAGUAAGUUCGAGGAUCGAGAAGAUCACGUACCCAAGUUGGAGCAAAUAAAUAGCACACGGAUUCUAAGCAGCCAGAACUUCACCCUCACCAAGAAAGAGCUGCUGAGCACGGAGCUGCUGCUCCUGGAGGCCUUUGGCUGGAACCUCUGCCUGCCCACGCCCGCCCACUUCCUGGACUACUACCUCUUGGCUGCUGUCAACCAGAAGGACUCCCACUGCCACAGCUGGCCCACCUCGUGCCCCCGCAAGACCAAAGAGUGCCUCAAGGAGUAUGCUCACUACUUCCUAGAGUUCACCCUGCAAGACCAUGUUUUCUACAAGUUCCAGCCGUCUGUGGUCGCUGCAGCCUGUGUAGGGGCCUCUAGGAUCUGCCUGCAGCUUUCCCCCUACUGGACCCGAGACCUUCAGAGGAUCUCCCACUAUUCCCUGGAGCAUCUCAGCGUGUGCAUUGAGAUCCUGCUGGUAGCUUAUGACAAUGUGCUCAAAGAUGCCGUCGCAGUCAAGAACCAGGCCUUGGCCAUGGUGCCUGGUACUCCUCCAGCCCCCACCCAAGUGCUCUUCCAGCCACCCACCUACCCUCCCCUCAGCCAGCCACCAGGGACCCUGGCCCCGUUCCAGACACCUGUGCAAGACCUGUGUUUGGCCUACCGAGACUCGCUACAAGCCCACCGCCCCGGGAGCCUGCUUUCGGGGGUCACGAGCUCAUCCUUGCAUGUCCCAUACCCCACCCUUCCCCCCCUCGAUGUGUGCUCUAUGCCCCUCCCAGCAUCCCUCAGCAUGCAGAUGGCCAUCAACACUGAGCCCAGUCACUGCCUCGCCACCACCUACGGGGGCAGCUUCUUCAGCGGGAGCCACAUGUUCCCCACAGGCUGUUUUGACAGAUAG